AUGGACGCUCUCAAGAAAAGGAACAUAGAUAAAGGGGAUGGCACUUGUGUGCUCUGUGGUGAUCAAGAUGAGUCGGUGGAACAUUUGUUCACCGCUUGCGGCGUUGCUUCGACGAUUUGGUCUGUGGUGAGUCUUUGGUGCAAGAUUCCCCAUAUUCUUGCUUUCUCGGUCAAAGACCUUCUUGAAGCGCAUGAGGUUGGCAGUCUUAAAGGCAGGAAAAAAGAUUUGAUUCAAGGAAUUGUUAGAAUUGGUUGUUGGUGCAUUUGGAAGGCCAGAAACGAAGUCAAGUUCAACAACAAAGAGGUGAAGAUUGAAGGGAUCGUCCGGGAGUUAAAGUCUUUAGGAUUUUUUUGGUACAAUGCUAGAUCUAGAGGUAAUGAAGUUAGUUGGUCUGAAUGGCGUAAGUUCGUUAAUAUGUAA